AUGACUGACGGUGAUAACACGAAAGUCAAUGGGGCAACCGGUGCAGUCAGUGAUAGCCAAUCACUUGGAACGCUACCUACAACAGUUCCGUCUGUUCCUAGCAACAUCAACGGACUUCAGCCCGACAAGUUCGAUGGAACGAACUUCAAGCAGUGGCCGCAGAGGAUGCACUUCUUUCUGACCACUCUGAAUCUGGCCAGGUAUCUUACUGAGUUCAAACCAGUGCUACCCGCGGACAAUACUGAUCCAAGGGCGCUAGCUAGCCUUGACGCAUGGAAGCAUGGAGACUUCUUAUGCAAAGGUUACAUUCAAAACCGGCUGGUGGACCAACUGUUCAGUGUUUACAGUGAGGUCGAAUCUUCCAAAGAUCUAUGGGAUGCUCUGGAAAAGAAAUACAAAUCCUUCAAUGUAGGCUCUGGGAAAUUUUCCACUGGAAAGUUUCUCAGAUUCAUGAUGGUUGAUUCACGACCUAUCAUGGAUCAAGUGCAUGAGCUACAAUUGAUCUGUCAAGAGAUCGCUGAAGAGGGAAUGAAGCUGUGUGAAACUUUCACAGUGAACUGCUUCAUCGAAAAGCUACCCCAAGUUGGGCAGAUUUCAAGAACUACCUUGCUUACAAGCAAAAGGCCUUGA